AUGGAUUCUUCUUCUCCUACUCCAAAAAGAAAAAUAAAUGAUAUUUACUCAUCAGAAGAAAACACAUGUGAGAGCGAGAGUGAGAGUGAAAUGCCACGUUAUGAAGAAAAAGCAUAUCAAAAAUUACAAAAUGGUUUAGUUAUUGUAGCAGAAAGUAAUUCUAUGUAUAAAUGUCCUUAUUGUGUAGGUAAAAAAACAAAAACUUAUGCAUAUGACCAUUUAGUUCAACAUGCUAAGGAUUGUGGUAAGAUGAGAUCUUCCCUUAAAUUUCGAGAUAAAUCCAAUUAUAGGGCUCUAGCUCGCUAUUUGGAGAACAAAUCUGCUAAGGAGUUUUCCAGGGAUGUUGGUUCAUCAUCUACUGUGGUGGGUGAGAAGAAAUUUGUAUACCCAUGGAAAGUUGUUGUUGUGAGUAAGUUCAUAUAUAUUACUAAUAAGGCGAUUAAGGAGCAGUUGGCUGGGUUUAAGCCUGUGAAGGUGAUUGUGGAUUUUACGGAAGAUUGGUUGGGCUUUACUCAUGCAAUGUCUUUGGAGAGUGAGUAUAAUUGCAACCAAUUUUGGGAAAAACAUUAUGCUUUGGAUAACCUUGGUGGUUUGGUAAAGGAAGGUCUGUGUGCGUGGGUCGCUAAGGAGGACGAUUACUAUUCUGAAUGUCUUGUAGGGAAAAACUUGAGGAACAGUGGUAGUGCUUUAAAAACUAUUGAGGAUAUUGAAGCCGAUAAUGAAAGGCCACACAAUCAGAAAGUGUCGCAAUUAAAUGAUUUGAUCAAGAAGAAAAAUGAUGCCUUAGUAAAUGGUCAGGUUAUGGUCUGGAAGACCCGCCGCACUCUCAAUAACUUGGUGGCUCAACUUGAUGAGCUAAAUAUGGCGAAGGAUAUCUACGUCGAAAGUACAUUUUAG